AUGACUUCAUUACAGAGCAAAGUCGACACCGUCAAGGCGGCGGCUGCAUCGACCGCAACAUGCACAUCAACAACCACGGUGCUCCUCAAAGAGCUGCUUGCGACUGAGGCCGAGACUCAAUCAGCAGCGCAAAAGAAAAAAGUAGCGACGACGGCGCGAGGGAAAACGGCUGGCUCGACGCGAGCAGGCGCGACAGCGAGCAAAAAGGAGGAGCUGACACCAAAGGAAAAAGCUGCCCUCGCAGCGCACAUAAUCAACGUCGCACUCAGGUCCCUUACGGAGGCAUCGAAGCCUGCACCUCCCGCGCAACCUUCAACACCAUGCCGACGACAGAAUUCAGGUGACGACCUCCGAAAGCCCCAAAAUAAACGACCUCUAAGGCGGUCCAACUCCAUGCCUAUGACGCCGAUGCAACCCCGUUCAUUAAACCGAACCUCAACCUCACCCACAACAACACCGAAACCCGCGAAAGUCGCCACCACAACGGUCCCCACAGUCACCUGCCUUGCAACGGUAGAGUGUCUUAGAGCUGCGUUCGCGUGUUUGAGAUCGCUCCAUACCUCCGGCGCAGUGCAGCUGUCCGACCUGCAACUUGAGACUGGAAUGUCUUCUUUCGCCGGCAAGCUUGUCGGACUGGACCUUCAGGAGCACGCACUGAGGGAGCUGGCACUGUUGCGGCAAAGACUCGACACAAUGGGCACUUCAACGAAGGCGAAAGCGAAGGCAGGAAAAACAACAGCGGCAAACACUAAAGUCAAAGGCCUCGCAGAAAUCUUGGACUUUGGCGAUGCCAAGUUCUCCGGCCCGACUCUUGGCCUGGUCAUCACAACUCAGAUGCAGAUACUGCGUCUGAUGUCCUCAAACAAGAAACCAGCGACGAUCGAGGCAGCAUUGCCAUACUUAGUUUCCUCCCAUCCGACUUCACCAAUGAAUCUCCUCCUCGAAUCCGCGAAAGAGUCCGCCCCAACGAAGACGAAGGCUGCGCGACAGCUCGACCUCCUUUCACAACUCCUUCUCUCUUUGGCCCCGAGCUUGUCAAGCAAGGACGAUGAGGUUGCCACAGACCGCCGUUUGAGUUGCUCUCCGGCCACCGCACUGGAAUUGCAAGCCCUAGGAUUGGAGGCGCGUUUGCAUUGGUGGCCUAUGACCGGUCAUAAGGCAGACGUUGACAAGGACAUAAUCUCACCGCUCUCGAGAUGCAUCACCUCUUACAUUCGCAGAGUCAAGUCCGACUCGGCCGGGGCAUACCGCAAGUCCUUCAACACUUUCGAUCGCAUCAUCAACAUGGUUAAGAGCCAGCGCCUGGAGCCGAUUCUCGCAUCAAAAUCGCCACUCGUUGUGAUUUAUCAGGCUUUGGGAACGGUGGCGCAGACUGCUCGCCACUUCAAGGAAGCAGCCGAAUGGAUCUCCAAAAUCAAGGGGACUCUGGACCCAGCCAACGAUUCUCCAGCGAAGUGUUGUGCGAUUGCCGCACAGCUUCUAGCUGUUUACGGUAAACAGACACCGUUACCUCAGGAGCCAUUGUCUGCGCUUCUGAAAGAGGUCUCUGAAGCGCUUCAAGGGACACUGAAGGGUGACGUGACGGAGCUUGAAGAACUCAUGGUCAAUUUAUCAGCUGCUCGUAGGUCGGCAGUGGGAAUUUUGGCUAGCAAACUCACAGCAACGGCGGAUGACUCUCAAAGCAUAGACGAGCUCCUCAGCAACCUCGUCCUUCAAUUUCCUCGAUUCGCUCUUCGAUGGCUAGGAAAGCCGCCGACGAGAGACGCUUCUCCCAAGGAGCACGUACGCUACGAGUCGAGAAAGCAAUUAUUGCUCACUUCGAUAACACAAAUUCUGGACUCGGCUCUGAUGAUAGCCAAAUCCCAUAUUGACGACGGCAAGAUGACCUGGCCAAUUCUCGACGGCCUUCUCCAAGAGUGCUUAAUGCUCUUAGACUUCCUGGGCGAUGCCAGUCUUGCCAUCACGAAAGCGGAUGCUUCAAAUCCAUACCACGUCAAACUCUCGCAUCUCUACUUCAUGUUCUUCAACUGGUAUCGCCGCAAAGCCGAGUCCAAACCCGGUGAUAAGACUCUACUUCGAGCUCUCAGACGAUCUGUGGAUUGCGUAAAGGAUCGGUCUUCUGAGGAGAAGGAGAAGGCGCAAACGACAGCGAAACUCGAGUACUUUGCGGACAUGUGCAAGCAGGCUGGUCGAGUCAACGACGCUCGAGACGCGCUGAAGCUCAUAUGCACGAACAUGGUCGAAGACGGAGUUCUGUCUACAGUGGCAGCAUCUUUGGCUGACAGUUCCCCUGCGGUUGCUUGGAGCGCGAGCAUCAAGGCCGAAACGCUGUCAAGGACAAUAGAAACAAUGGUCAAGCUUGAUCAGUCUUGGAACGAUUGGACUUUCUUUCUUGCGGACGUUGAGCGGGCUGCGGUCUUGGAACGUAUCAUUCACCUCAUCCUCUCCAACUCGUCUAGCGAUUCCAAACCCAACGACAUCAAGGAUCCGGUGACUGAGGCUCUGUUGAGAAUUUACGCGGCUGACCGCUUUCCAAUCCGCCGCCUCCGGACGUUGUUGCAGUUGCUCACCAUGUCAAUUGGCGACAGGGACGAGUUCCAAAGCCUCCGAGAGCAGGCAGAGGCUGCUUUGCAGCUUUGUCGUGACCACAACUAUGGUGACGACGGCAGUCUGGCUGACUACGUCCCUGACCUAGAGGCGUGCCUCUCGUCUACCCUGGCUCUUGUUGCCACGGAAGCAGAAUGGCGUGCAGCGGACUUUGAAGAGUCAACAAGCAUCUGGCGCUCUAUUGUCAACCAGUGCCAGACCAAGGAUGAUCUUCUCUCUAAGGUUAAUGACACUGAGGGACUUGUCAGGCAGCUCAGCUCGAUUGCUGAGUACGCAAGACUUAGAGGCGAGGACGAAUUCUUGUUAUCGGUUUUAACAUUGUGUGCCGACAUUGCUUCUAAGCUAUCCGAUGCUUCAACGGACAUACUCCUUCAGGCGCAUAGCAACCUCGCGGACCAAUACACACAUCUCGGCUAUUCUGAGAAGGCCGAGGAGAUUCUCAACAAAGCCAGGAAACUUGCAGAGACCACAGACAGCAACCCGGACUUUGGUGCGGUAAAUCUUCAGAUCUCCCUCACCGAGUAUCAGCUGGCGAAGCAAAACUCUGAUGCGGCUCACAAAAUGCUGCUCAAGGGCGAGGUUGCUUUUGAGGCUUCAUCAAGUGCCAGAAAAGCUCCGAAGCUCCAAAGGAAGCUCCUCUUGGCAAGGGCUGCUUGUCUCUCAUCCCGAAUCAAAUGGGACAAGGGCGAAUAUCAGCAUGCGCUAUUUCACGCCAAGACCAGCGUCCGCAUACUGUACCAGGACUGGACGAAAUUGGAAGCUCGUUGGCAAGUUGCGCCCAAAGCAGAGUCCCGGCAGACCUCAAGAGAAGGUUCUCCCGACGCGGAGGAAAGCAUUGUCAGGACUGACGCCUUGACGAAUCAGAUCGAAUUAUCUGACGGUCCGGAUAGCUGGGCACUUGCUUGUGGUCUGCUGAGAUCCAUGUUGCAUCUUUCUUCAGUCUACGCUCACCUAGGAAUGUUCCAAGAGACUGUCUACUAUGCAGAGAAAGCCCACCAGGUCGCUAAUGCCACAAACGCGUCCAUCUACAGGGCUCAGGCUGCCAGUUGGAUUGGUUCAGUAUGGCUGAAAGCUUGCAAACUCGACAAGAGCCUUGGCUACUUGAAUGAAGCUAGACAGCUCAUGGCCACGGCUGUGAAGCCAACACGCCAGGCUUUUCAACUGGCCUGUGAACUCAGUGCUUCCUUUGGAGAAAUGAAGGAUCACGAGAACGAACUACUGCUACUCGAGCUUGCCGAGGUCACACUUGGGACUUUAAACAGCAGCAGUCGAGGCACAAUUACAGGGGUUAGCGAUGAGCAAGUUGUCAGCAAGAUGGCAAAGCUUACGCUGAAGGCACCGGCCACCCGGAGAACACGAGUAACCAAGCCAGCGGCCCCGACAGCGACCAGGACAACCAGAACGACUAAAAGGGUAGCAGCACCAAAGACGAAAGCUGCUGCUGCUGCUCCUGCCAAGACCGCUAUCGUCAUAGCACACGACAACGCAUCUGACCUGAAGGCCUCCAUGCUGAUGUACAAAGCACUUGUCCACCUUAGCAAGGGCGACUGGGCUGCUGCAGCAGAACUUCUCGAGGAGGCGAAACUGAUGUCCAGCAGUUUACGAGAGUCUUUGCGGGUGCAGAUUGGUGAGGCCACUUGUCUGAUUGAACAGGGCAUCAAGCAGAUGGAGGGUGAUUCGGUCUUCUCGGUUGUAAAGGAAUCAACCAUCUCCUACCCGUCGAUCCACGCUGCCCCCGACAAAAAUAGCACGGAGAAGACGCCGCCGACGGGAUCCUCUCCUCGAAAGGCUCAAGGCCGCGCUACCUCUGCCGAGCGCAGAGUGAUGAAGGAAAACGGCACCUUCAUCGAAACAUUGGAGCAGGCGCAAGCUCAACUCAUGGAAGCCCAAGCUGCCGCUGCAAUUUCAGGAAACGGACACCUGGUUCAUCGCAUCUCAGCGUUGCUUCAGAGCACGGGCAUUUUCCUAUCGGCAGCUUCUCAUCGGAUGCCUAGAAAUAUGGGAGGCUUUGGAUAUGCCGCCUGCUCCGUCGAGUUUGCACGGAAUCUGACUUGGAAACGGGAGCGAAACACCGUAGCUACGGAUCAACUCAACCCAAGCUUCAGCGAGGCGGGCUGGCCACUUGCUCUUGCGCUCAAGGACGAUAGACGGGCGAGCAUUGUAACCGUCGACGACAUGGCAAGAUUCCAGCGCGACUAUAUCGAUAUCAUUCCUGAGGCGUGGAGUGUCUUGUCAAUCGCGCUAAGCGACAACCGCAAGGAUCUAUGCAUCACAAAGUUACAAUCAGGCCAGAGCCCCUUUGUUUUGCGCCUACCUCUGGAGCGUGUGGCUUCUCGAGACGGAGAGGACGAGCUGUUCGACUUCCAGCAUGGACACGACGAGCUUAUGGAAAUUAUCCAGGCCACCAACGCGAGUUGCCACAACUCUGGCGACUACUCGGCAAAGGGGGCCAAGUCAGCCUGGUGGGCCCAACGCGAGAACCUGGACAACAGGUUCAAGGAUCUCCUCGACAAUGUGGAACAGAUUUGGCUCGGCGGGUUCAGGGGCAUUUUCUCCCAACAUCGUCAUCGUGCGGAUCUUAUUGCGAAGUUCCAAAAGGCUUUCUCCAAGAUUCUCGACAAACAUCUGCCUUCCCGCAGACAGGUCCGAGGAAAGAAGACUAGCAAGCCACCCAAGAUUACCUUGGAGCCGCGUAUCCUGGACCUUUUUGUCGGUCUAGGAGACCCUUCUAUGCCGGACAGUGAUCUUGAGGAGCCUUUGAACGAUCUUCUAUACUUUGUCGUGGACAUUCUUCAGUUCCAUGGCGAGAGAAAUGCCUAUGAUGAGAUUGACUUUGACUCCAUGGUGCUGGAGACGUUUGACGCCCUUCAGGCGUACCAUACCGCAGCCAAGACCUCGGAACCCGAUGAAGGCGCACACAGCAUUCUGAUACUCGACAAGGCUCUCCAUGCCUUUCCUUGGGAAUCGCUCCCGUGUAUGGAGGGGCUGGCAUAUUCACGUGUCCCCUCAUUGUCCUGUCUGCGUCGACUGCUCCUGGAGCAGCGUGCAGCCCGGGAUGCUGAUGACGAGAACGCCCAUCACCGACACACAGUAUCUCCUGUCGGUGGCACGUACAUUCUGAACCCCGGCUCCGACCUCAAGAACACUCUCGCCACUUUCGAAAAGCCCCUGAAGGACAAGCUUGGCGAAUCCUGGACGAGCAUAGUCUCGCGGAAACCUACCGAGGACGAAUUCGAGGGAGCGCUCAAGGGUUCAGACAUACUCCUCUACUUUGGCCACGGCAGCGGUGCGCAAUACAUUCGAGGCAAGACCAUUCGUAGGCUGGAGAAGUGCAAGGCGGCGGCGCUGCUGAUGGGAUGUAGCUCCGCGUCGCUACAGAACGUUGGCGAGUACGAGUGCCACGGUCCCGUCUGGAACUACAUGCUCGCAGGGUGUCCCGCCGUCGUGGGCACGCUAUGGGACGUAACGGACAGAGACAUUGACCGAUACGCGGGCCGGCUGUUUGAGGAAUGGGGACUGAUGGAAAGAGGCACAUUUGCUGAAGAUGGUGGGAAGAGCGGGAAGAAGGGCAAGGGGAAAGGGCUUUUCGCCUCUACUAUUGCCACGGAGAAGAAGGCAAAGGCCAAGAAGGACACAAAAACGAACGGGGGAGGUAACGCGUCGCUCGUGGAGGCUGUCGCUAAGGCCAGGGACGCCUGUCGAUUUAGGUACAUUACAGCUGGUGCGGUAUGCGUCUAUGGCAUUCCGGUGUAUAUUGGCACGAACAAGGCCAACAACAGUGCGUAA